CUAGUUUUAUGUGUUGUCUAGAUAAAUAAAAGAAAAGCCCUUAAAAAUAACCUCUACAAAUAAGAUCAAAUUAGCAGGGAUAAAAAAAAGAUAUAAAAGUUGUUCUGCUUGGAGAUUGCUUUGUAGGUAAAAGUUCUAUAGCUUCUCGUUUUUGUACAAGUUAAGUAAGAAGAUGAUUUCUAUUGAAAUAGUAUUAAUCUCAAUAUGAAUUAACUGUUGUAGCGGCUUAUAAUAGUAUUGAUAUGGUUGUUAAAGGUAAGAAUAUUUCAAGUCUUAUAAUUUUCUAGGAUAAUAAUUAAAAAUACAUCUUUGGGAUACAGCAGGAGAAGAAAAAUAUAAAUCUCUUUUAUCCUUAUAUUAUAGAGAUGCAAAUGCAGCAAUUAUUGUUUAUGAUAUAACUUCAACAGAAACUUUUAAUUCUGUUUAAGGAUGGCUUAAAGAAUUGGACGAAAAAAUAUAGAAUAAUGGUCGUUAUUAUAAAUAUUUAUAGAAAUGGUAUUAGCAUUAGUAGGAAAUAAAUGUGACUGUUUAGAGUCUGAAAGAAAAAUACCAAAGUAAAAGGCUUCUAAUUUUGCCAAAACUCACGGAAUGAUUUUUAAGGAAACUUCUGCAAAAACAGGAGAAGGAAUAAAAUAAAUUUUUACAUAAUUGAUUGAGUAAUAUGCUUAAGAUAAAUUAUGA